AUGGCAACAAACGCAUGCAAAUUCCUUUGCCUCAUUCUCCUCUUUGACUUCGUCGCCCAAGGAUUUUGGUGUUCUAGAUCCUUUAGUGAUAUAUCACUGAAACAAUCAAAAACCGGAAAAAUGAUCAAGAACACACCAGAGUGGGAAGUGAUAUUGACGAACCCUUAUUCCUGCACAGGAACUGACAUAGUGUUGUCAUGUGUCGGUUUCAAAUCGCUCACACCCAUCGACCGUUCGCAAAUAUCGGUAUCCGGUAACGAGUGUUCGCUCAUCAACAAUCUAUAUGGCGAAACUGACUUUGUUUUCAAAUACGUAUAG